AUGGCUAAGGACUUAUCCACUGCUGGGACCGAAAUCCCGGAAAGAAUGCAAGUGGCAACCAUUUUGAAUAGUCUCCCCCCUUCACUUGCUGUGGCUGCCACCACAUUAAGAAUGAAUCCUGCCAUUAAGUCUGUCACUGAUCUUCCUAUGCACCUAGCGAUAGAACAGGACUUAAUAGCUAGUAGGAAGGAACCAGAACUGAAUAUGGUGCAGCAAGAGCUGAAUUAUGUCCGCCAGAGGCAUAAUGUUGGAAGCUAUAAAAACUCUGGUUCUAGUAAACCACAACCACAAGGACCGAAAUCGCAGCAGUUCAAGAGAAAGAAAGUACCCCGCGGAGCCUGCUACAAUUGUGGAAAGUUCGGGCAUUUCAAACCCAAUUGCCCACAAGGUGAAAAGCAGGAGAAUAAGGGAGGCUAUAAGCAUCCAGAACAAGGGGGUACUAGCAAAAGAGAAUUCGUCGGUGUGACGGAAUGUAAUGCUGUGAUGACGGAUAUCAGUGGUUGGUGGAUCGACUCCGGUGCGACUAGGCAUAUCGCAAAGGACAAGAAUGGAGUCGUAGAAUUCACCGAGCUGAAGAAAGGAGAACAGAGAAUCUAUAUGGGAAAUAAUACCUAUCUCGAUGUAGAAGGUAUUGGUUCGUAUAGAUUGGAUCUUGGGGACAGCAUUCUUGUCCUCAAAGAUGUGUUCUAUGCGCCAGGAAUUCGACGCAAUCUGAUCUCUGUUCCCAGCUUGAUGAAGAAAGGACUGGAAGUUAGGUUCUAUAAUAAUAGGGUUUCUAUAGGCAAGAAUAAUAAAGUGUAUGCUAUGGGAAAAUAUGUGCCCGAGCAUGAAUUAUGCAUUCUUCCACUAGCUUUUAAGGGUGGGUUCCCCAAGUUGCUUGGAUCCUCACAAUUGGUAUCAGAGCAGAUCGAAGCUGAAGCCAGAGCUGAAGAUUUCCUGGGUAAUCAAGAAGAGGGUUCUGUUGGAGAAAUGACUCAAGAAGAAAGAAUGGUUCGUGUGGAGGAUGCUCUCCUUCAACAGAAAUCAUUCAAUCAACAGGUUACAUCAAAGUUUGAAGAAAUUUUUUCUCAAUUACAGUUCUUGGUUCAAGAAGCCAAAAACUCCAAGAACCCUAAUCAGGGUGUAAUGGGGAUAGAGGCAAGAAAUGAGCAGCAGAGCUUAGGCUUAGGAUCAAGAGAGAAUAGAGAUGUGUCAAGAUCAGGGGUCAGGAAUCCAAACAGGAGGGAUCAGGAGCACACCCAUAUCUCUCAAAACCAAGGAGUGGAUGAAUUCACUGAGGGAUUCAGACCAAGUUACAGUUUUGGUAAUUCCUCAAACCAGAAAAACUCUUUCUUCAGUAAUCAAAAACUUUUUCAACCCAAAUCUUUGCGUUUGGAUUUUCCUUCUUUUUCUGGAAAUGAAAACGUGAUAGGGUGGCUGGAGCAAAUUGAACAGAUUUUUGAUUAUUAUGAUAUCAAUAGUUAUGAAUGGGUCAAGGUUUGCUCAUUCUAUUUGAGGGAUGAAGCUUUGCAAUGGUAUAGAUGGUUAACCAGGAACAUUGAGGAUUAUAAUCAUUGGGAAAUUUUUAAAGAAGAGUUAAUUACUAGAUUUGGUCCUAGUGAACUCUCAAGACCCUAUGACACUUUUUCUACUAUGAAGCAAACUUCUACCAUCAGAGAGUAUUUGGGGAAAUUUGAGCAAACAUUGGGUAUGUUGGAUGAACAACCCUCCAAGAGGCAUAUUCUUGAAAAAUUUAUAGGAGGUCUUAAAGAUGAACUGAGGUAUGAAGUGGCAGCUGCUAGGCCUAUUUCUCUAAGGGAGGCAGUAUCCUUAGCUAAAUUGUUUGAGGAUAAACAAAAAAAUGAAAGAAAACCAAGAGGAAAUUGGAAUACUUACAGCCCAGGGAGUUCUUCAGUUAAUCCAUCUUUUAAUCCUCCUACUAAAGAUAACCCCAGACCAUCUCCUCAAAUUAAGAAAAUGACUCCUGAGGAAAUACAGAGAAGAAGGAGUCAGAAUUUGUGUUUUACUUGUGAUGAAAGGUGGCAUAGAGGUCACCAGUGUAAAGAAAAACAUUUGUUCAUUCUUGAGGGAAUUCUGGAAGGAGGCAUGAAUGAAACUGAAGAGGGUGAUAAUCAAGAUGAAGAGGACUCUUUAACAAUGGAGUUAGCUGAGAGUUUAGUUAAAGGAGCUCCUUCUAUUUCUGUGCAAGCUUUAAGUGGAAUUAAUGCCUCUCACACUAUCAGAGUUGUGGGCUAUUACAAGAACCAAGCAGUCAGCAUUUUGAUAGAUUCAGGGUCAACUCACAAUUUUAUCAAUACUAAGCUUGUAAAAAAAUUGGGGUUAACAGUGACUGAAUCUAACAAUUUCAAUGUAUUAGUUGCUAGUGGGGAACUAAUCAAAGGAGCUGGGGUGUGCAAAGAAGUAUUGCUGGACUGUCAAGGGGUGAAAAUCCAGGUUAACCUGCUGAUUAUGCCCAUGGGAGGAAGUCAAAUUGUUUUGGGGGCAGAUUGGAUGAAGACCUUAGAGGAUAUUACUUUAAAUUUCAAGAAAUUGCAGGUAUCUUUCAUAACUGAAGGUGUGAAAAGAACCCUACAGGGAAUAAUUCCAGAGGAGUUACAAAUGGAAUUGCAUCAGCUUCCUCCCCACAGAAGUAUAGACCACAAGAUUCCACUAGAAGAAGGAACAAGGCCAGUUUGUAUUAGGCCUUAUAGACAUGCACAUUUUCUAAAGGAUGAAAUUGAAAAACAGGUAGAAGAAAUGCUCCAAAAGGGAACCAUUAGGCCCAGUAACAGUCCCUUCUCAUCUCCAGUAGUAAUGGUUAAAAAACAUGAUGGGAGUUGGAGGAUGUGUAUAGACUACAGGUCUCUCAACAAAUCAACCAUCAAAGAUAAAUUUCCUAUCCCUAUUAUUGAUGAAUUGUUAGAUGAAUUGAAUGGCACUCAGUUUUUUACCAAGUUGGAUUUGAAAUCAGGCUACCAUCAAAUCAGGAUGCAUGAGGCUGAUAUACCCAAAACUGCAUUCAGGACACACAGUGGACAUUUUGAGUUCAUGGUUAUGCCAUUUGGACUUACAAAUGCUCCCUCAACUUUUCAAGCUCUCAUGAACACCAUUUUCAAGGAAUUCUUGAGGAAAUCUGUACUAGUCUUCUUUGAUGACAUAUUAGUAUAUAGCAGGAAGUGGCAAGAUCAUCUGUUGCAUCUGAAACAAGUGUUUCAGAUUAUGAAAGACAAUCAGUUGGUUGCUAAGAUGUCUAAGUGCAGUUUUGGUCAGAGACAAGUGGAAUACUUGGGUCACAUUGUAUCACAUGAAGGAGUGGGAGUGGAUCCUAGUAAAGUUGUUGCUAUUGUUGAAUGGCCCUUACCUAAAACUCUAAAGGGAUUGAGGGGUUUCCUGGGACUGGCAGGAUACUACAGGAAGUUUAUUAAAGGCUUUGGAGUGAUAGCUCAACCAUUAACUCAAUUGUUGAAAAAAGGAGCUUUUACUUGGAAUGAUGGAGCUGAAAAAGCAUUCAGAGCAUUGAAGAUUGCACUUACCAACCCACCAGUCCUAGCUAUGCCAGAUUUUAAUCUUACUUUUGUGAUUGAAUGUGAUGCUUCUGGUUCAGGGGUUGGGGCUGUGUUGAUGCAACAUGAGAGACCUAUAGCCUAUUUCAGCUCUGCUCUUAAAGGGAGGAAUGCUACUCUUUCUACUUAUGAAAAAGAAUUAUUGGCAAUCAUCAUGUCUACAAAAAAAUGGCAGCAAUAUCUAUUAGGGAGGAAAUUUGUGAUCAGGACUGACCAUCAAAGUCUUAAGUAUUUGCUUGAACAAAGAAUCCAUACUGGUAUACAAAAUAAGUGGCUUGCCAAACUACAUGAUUAUGAUUACAGGGUGGAGUAUAAACCUGGGAGAUUAAAUAGAGCGGCAGAUGGGCUAUCUAGAAUCCAUGAAGAAGUGAGAGAGCUACAAGAGCAGUUCAUUGAAACAUCAGCUAUCUCUACUCUUAAAAGUGACUGGUUGGAGGAAAUCAGGAACAUGUAUUCAACAGACUCCUACUUUACAGACCUGGAUGCUAAGUUGUUGCAAGGACAGCUGGAACCUAAUAAAUACUGUAAGAAAGAAGGACUAUAUUAUUAUAAGGGUAAGCUUUUGAUUAGUCCUAAUGCUCAACACAUUAGAACUUCUCUACUUAAAGAAUAUCAUGAUAGUCCUUCAGCAGGGCAUUCUGGCAUCAUUAGAACCUUGCACAGGCUGAGGAGGGUUUUCUAUUGGAAAGGAAUGAAAAGAGAUGUCCAGACUUAUGUACAGGGUUGUGAUAUUUGUCAAAGAUCUAAAGGGGAGAAUAUAGCAUCUCCAGGCCUUCUUCAACCCUUACCUAUACCAGAUUCUAUUUGGGAGGAUAUCUCAAUGGAUUUCAUCACACACUUGCCUAAAAGUGGGAACAAGUCUGCCAUUUUUGUUGUGGUGGACAGAUUAUCCAAGUAUGCUCAUUUUUUUGGUCUCUCUUAUCCAUAUACAGCUCAAACAGUGGCACAUGUGUUUUUUGAAGGGAUUUUCAAACUACAUGGCAUGCCUAAAUCAAUUGUAAGUGAUAGAGAUCCACUAUUUACUAGCUUGUUUUGGAAGGAGUUGUUCAAAUUACAAGGGAGCCAAUUGAAAUUCAGUUCAGCCUAUCAUCCUCAGACGGAUGGGCAAACUGAGAUCACUAAUAAGAAUUUGGAAAGUUAUUUAAGGUGUUUUUGCUGCCACAAACCUAGUGAAUGGAGUAAAUGGCUAGCCCUGGCUGAAUUUUGGUACAAUACAACUUGGAAAAGUUCAACACAAACCACUCCUUUUGAAGUUGUCUAUGGUAGAAAACCUCCAUCCUUACUCUCCUAUGUACCUAAGAGCUGUAAAGUUGAAGCAGUAGAUGAGGUUCUAUUCUCUAGGGACAUAGCUCUAAAAUUUUUGAGAGACAGUUUAAAGAAUGCUGCGGAGCAAAUGAAAAGAUUUGCUGAUGUACACAGGAGUUUCAGAAGCUUUGCUGUAGGGGAUUGGGUUUUUCUCAAACUUCAACCGUAUAGACAAAUCAGUGUUUCCUCUUGUAAGCCUCAUAAACUGUCUCCCAAGUACUAUGGUCCAUACCAAAUACUGGAAAAGAUUGGAGAGGUUGCCUACAAGCUUGCUUUACCUGCACAGGCUCAGAUUCAUCCUGUUUUUCAUGUUUCACAAUUGAAGAAAAAGUUGGGAACUGAGAUAGCACUUCAGAAUGACUUUCCCACUUAUGUUACAGAAAUUAUUGAUGAGCCUGAGCAAAUUCUAGACAGGAGAACUAUUGUGAAGGGGAAUCAUUUAAUUUCUCAAGUUCUGAUUAAGUGGAAGCAGCGCAGUUCCUUAGACUCUACUUGGGAGUCCUAUUGGGAUCUCGUUAAACGUUUCCCUACCUUUGACCUUGAGGCAAGGUCAAAUUUAAGGGGUGGGGAUUUGUCAGGGACUGGAAUUACUGGAACUGAAGAUCAUGAGCUGGAGAUUGAGGUGAAGACUAGAGUGGUUGAAGCUGCUGAAACUGGAAGGGAACUGGAAGGGGAGUAA